AACUACAACUCCCAGGAUUCCCUAGCACUGGGUCUGGGUGUGUUUGGGGCCUGGUCAGCCUCCCUUCCCGAGGCCAGGCGGAGCCAUAAGCCGAGAGGAGGAGCAGGAGCAGAGGCCUCUCGGUGGCCCAGAGAGACGGAGGGACGGAGGAGGCACGGCGGCGAAGACGGAAGGUUUGAUAAAACUCCACCCAUCUCUUGUCCUGAUGCUGUUGCAACAAAAAAGAGGAAGUGGUUGUUCCAGUCUGAACAAUCUGUGACUGUGGACUGUGAGUCGUAGAAGAAGAAUAAACAUUGCACUCCCACCAUUGCUGGAAGUGCAAUGUUCGCUGGAUAUUAACUGAAUUUUCCCCAGAGGAGAACAGCGUGAUUGUCAGGAGUCUAUACAUUUUUUAUCUUGGCAUUCCCAGCUGACCAUAAGUUAUGCGACCAGGUUUUUAGAAACUGAUUGGGAUGAAGUUUAAUGUCACACAGUGCUGUUUUAAAGAUUGCCAAAAGACAAGCACAACCUUUGUGGCAGAAUAAGAAUUGGAAGCGAGGUUACCACUUUCAGUGCUUUAAUAGGACAGAUUGCUCCUGUCCUUCCAAGAGUGAUUGAAAGAGCACACUGAAAAUGUCUGGCAAAACAUCUGGCACAACAAACAACAUAGCUCAGGCCAGAAGAACUGUUCAACAAUUGAGAAUAGAAGCAUCUAUAGAAAGAAUAAAGGUGUCCAAGGCAUCGGCAGAUCUAAUGUGCUAUUGUGAGGAGCAUGCCAGGAAGGAUCCUUUACUAAUGGGCAUACCUGCUUCGGAAAACCCCUUCAAGGAUAAAAAGACCUGUACUAUCCUAUAGGUGAAGCAGCAAAAUGUCUUCAAGACCCUCCCCUGCAAAACCAACCAGGAAGAUUCUGAGAGAAGAAACCUGAAGGUCACCUGGUACCAACUGCAUAAAACCGCAAUUCAUUUACAUACCAUGUAUAAUUGAACUUUUAAGUUUUCUAAAAAAAAGUUUCUUUUCUUUAUAGCAUUCUCUAACUAGGAAUGCAAGAUUUAUCAAGUUACUUCUUGUAAAUGAAAUAGUUUGAAGAGCAUUGUUGGGAACUGAAUUCUGUUGGUGUUUCUGGGAUGAGGUUGGGUUGGGUUCUACUUUAAAGUGCAAUGUGUGUUCACAGUUCCAGGUGUUAGGUUAAAUAAUCAAGACCAAAGUUGCCUGAGCUUCAUUUACAGAAUAGUGGGGCAGACAAGCAUAGAGUCCUAAUCAAGCUUACUUUUACAUUUGAUUUUAUACCAGUGUAGAGCCUUGUGUAUGUAAUUGGUGUCUUUAUCUAGGAUGUGUACGUAUGUUUGUUUUAGGUGUAUACACACAUUCCCAAGUGCAUUUUUCAAGUGCAUCCUUCAAAGUUAAUUGCUGCAUUUAUUUGAUAAAUUCUUGCAGUUCAUGCCUUUACCAUUAAGUAUGUCUUAAGCUUUUUCACACUGUCUUAAGAAUCUAUAAACUUAUACAGUAUCUAGCUUGAAUUCUUGUUCUCAAAGCAAUGUUGAAAGGUGACCUUUGGUUUAUAACUUUUUUUGCCUGUCUCAUAUUUUCUCUGAAAUAUAGGCUAUACUAGCACAUAAAUUCUGAAAAUAGCAUCUAAUAUUGAUGUUUCUUUCCUUUCAAUUUGAUUUUAAUUGGGAAUUUGUCCUCUACCUUUCCUGCAUAGUUCCUACAGAACUGCUUUCUGGAAGAAUCCAAGAUCUUCUGCUAAACUCACAUUUUAACAAAUGCCAAACGAUAUGUCAGAGGAAUAGGAAACUCUGAGAGCAAUCUGUAUUGUUGCUUCCUGUGCAAGGCCUCUUGAAAUCAGCUGCUGUGCUGUAGUUAUCUUGAAUGAUUGUAACAGUGCUCAGCAACAAAACAAAUCUCUGAUCAUUGUAAACUUUGUUAAAUAUUUGUAUGCACUUCAGGUAUUAAUGAGAUACUGAAUGGAAAGAAACAGUAUUGGCUUUAGCCAUCUGUAUGUAUCUGCAUUCCAUUUGUUGCUAGCCCUUUAAUAGUUUGGUUUUUCUUUCUUUCUAAUGUUGUGAUCUGCCAUAACGGGGCUGCUCCACACAUAAAAGACCUGAGAUGUGUGGUUAAGUAGUAGAACCUAAUUGCACAGAAUGUAUGCUGUUUCCAACACAAGUUCCAGAAAUAUUAGUUUUCAGCCAGCCUAAUGAAAGUCUCUUAAUGGGAAGAGCUAGUUUACUUUUCUUAUUUUUUAAUUAACAGUAGUUGUAUCUACUUCAGGGCAGGUAAAAUCAAACCAAACCCAGAAUACCUGGUUUCACUGUGUGACUACAUUGAGAAGCUGGUUGCAGAGCCAGCAAGCCAAGGUUUCUGUCCCACCAACUGGUGCUCUGCAUAUUUAAACUACAGGAUCGAGCUCUUGUUGAAUUCUGCCUACAUUAGUACAUCCUGGAAGAUUAUAAGGACCAUUUGUAUCAGCUUUCUCUAACAUUGUACACCCCCCCCCCAAAAAAAAAAACUAGCUUGGAAAGUGAUUCACUACAAGAAACCAACCAUCAACAUUGUCUUUCACCAGAGUGCCAGGUUUUCUCUUUAUAAGUAGAAUACCAUCCUAAUGGCAGCUUUGGAAACAGUAAACUAUGGACAGUCACCAUCAUUUUCUUUAUCAUACUUCUGUCUGCUCUCUCAGAAUGAAUGUACAGUUCAUAAAGAGUAUUAAUUAAUUUGAUGGUUUAUAUAUCUGUAUUUUUGCUACCUGUUCGUGGAUAUUUUUGUUUGCUAUUGACACAUAGCCCAUUUAGGACCAGAAAAACAGUUUCUUCUCCAAUAUAAAAUCGCAGGAACAUAUUUAAGAUCCUACUUAAAAAUAACUCGGUUAGCAUAUUUUAAGAUAUUAUUUGUCUGAAAUACACAAGCCUAUCUUUCUGAUUGCUGAUUCAUACAACUUUUAUUGGAUGGCAACAACAUGGUUUGUCUUGGAUUUUCUGUUGUUGCAUAUAUGUUGAAUCAGUUUUGUCAAUUGUGCAGCAUGUGUUUGGAUCAUUACUUACCCUACAUAUGAGAAUCUUGGGAACGGGUGUUAAACCUGGGUGCUGUGACUCGAAAUCUGGAAAUACAGUGAACUGUUCCUAGAGCUAGUUCACCCAAUAAAAAUCAGUGGUAAACAUGCAUUGUUGAUUUUUUAAAGAAGGCUGAUUUACAUGACUGUAAGUAGUGCUCCAGUAGGACAUGAAAAGCUUUAAAACUGUGUCCAAGCUAAAAUGUGACAGCAAUACUGUAUUUUUUCUCACAACAGAAUUGGCCCAUGUCCCAUUAACCCUCUGAAUAAAAUGCAUCUGCAUUGGUAGAGCUGCCAGUGGCUGUUCCCUUAGAAAGUGUUUGCUUCUAACACUAGUCCAAAAGAGGAGGGAAAUCCCCAGUGCCUUGUUGCCAAAGUCUAAAAACAAGAUGCUGUCUCAAAAAAACAGACACACAAAAACAACUUUAUGUUGAUUCCCAGUACCUUUCCUCACCACCACCAAGCCCUCGCCAUGUCUGUUAACUACCUACCCUCCUCAGGAAUUAGAACUUUUUUCUUUCUUGAAUUAUUUUCAUUCAUGACAUUAAUGCAUUUUAAAGAAGUCGCAUGCUUGAGGCAGUAAUCAAUUUAGUACUUUCAUAUAAAAUGAAUUUAUCUUUUAAAAUUGCUGGAUUAAAUUAUUAAUUUUAUACAGUAUGUGAAUAAAGAAUUUUGAAUGUUCAUGCACUACACAGCCACCAGCAAAUGUUGCUUUUUACAUUACCUUAGAGAAAACAUUCAGACAUGUUCUUUUAUCAUGGCCAGUGAGACAUUUGCACCAAAUACAUUGCUCCCUGCCUUCCUUUUAAUUUCCACUUUACCUGAGAUUAGUAGGUCAUAGCCUUAAACAUUAAAAUCAGAUCACACUGGACUGAUCUAUGUAGUUAUAGCUGCUUUAAAUAGGUUUCUUCAAAUUAUUGGCUGCCAAACCAGGUAAAGCUUUGACAUUACAGGAGCAUAAUGCACCUGUUGUCAAAGGCCAUGUCAGCAUGUGGUAACCUGUGCAGGAAAGAUUGCAGGAGAAAAGAGAGGGAAAGCAUGUAGAUUGUGAUGUAACCUGUUUUAUAAUCUACUGUUUCCUUUCCUCUUCUUUUGUCAAUAAGUUCCAGCGUAUGACUGGAGGUAUGGGUUCUGAUUUUUUAAAAAAUAAAUCCAUAUAAUUGCUAUUAUAACCUAUUAUAUAUACUCAUGUGUAAGUCUAGAAAUUUUAGUCAAAAAAUUUACCCCAUAAAACUGGGUUGACUUAUCCACGGGUCAGUGUAAGUACUAUAUUUUAACCCUUUCCCUUCUCUGAGUAGAGGGGUGAAAGUUCAUCCUGGGAGCAGCUAAAAGAAGCGACAAACCACUCUAUUCUUUCUACCAUUAUGCCUUUUUGAUUGCUUGGGUGGGAAAAUGGCAGUGGUGGCACCUCUUUGGUGCUUCUCCUCAAAGGAGUGCCAAAAGAAAUUGGGUUUAAAAGGAUCUGAAUAAAAUAAUUCUGUAUGAAGACAGUAAAGGUUGUCCUUUACACUCUUUAUUACAUCCCUCUAAGUUUUAUUCUCAAUUUAUCCAUGAGUCAUAUCAAAAUCCAUAAUUUUGGCCCCAAAACCUGCCCUCGACUUAUACAUGAGGUUGACUUAUAGUCGAGUAUAUAUGGUAAUUUUUUUAAAAAAAUUUAAUCUGGUUGACAGUAUCAUAUGUUGCACCCAUUAGACAAAAUAGGUUGGAUCCAAAGGUGUCCUUACAAUUAUGGCAGAAUUUCAUUUCUACUCAUGGAAGGAGUGUUUACGCUCCACAUGGAUGAAUAGUCCAAGAAAUCAUAUACAUGUUUAUGUGGGAUUUAAUUCUGAAUGGCCAUAUACAGGUUGAAGCUAUGAGGCUGCAAUCCCAAAUGCAGUUCCUAGGCAGUAAGCACCACUGGACAUAGUGAGAUUUGUUUUUGAAUAAACUGUAAUAAUCUGUCUGAAGACAAGUGUUCAACUUGUACAAGAGAAAGCAUGGCAACUGCCACGGAACUUAGCUGCUAGAGCCUUCUGUAAACCAUUCUUUUAGUGUUUGCAGCACAGUGCUGGUAGCCAUUUUAUUUCUACUCAUGGCACGUUGGAUUGAAACCAGUGUUUUCACCAGCAGUAUUUUAGAUCUUGAUUACACACGUGUAUUUUACUAACUGAAGGGGAGUAUUACACAUAUAUCAUAAACUGCAGGGAUGUAAUUUUAAUCAAAUAAAAAUCGUGCCAACUUUGUAUUGUAAAAAUGCCUUUUGACUUUUACUCUUAAAACCACUUGGUCAAGAGCCUAAGUCCUGUUCAGAUUCUUUAUUGACUUAAAUUACCAGUUUUCAGUCACAGCAAUUGUAAAUCUAACGCCAAAAUACCACUAACUGCCUGAGGUCACUUUUGUCUGAUUUUAGAUAAACACAAGAUGCAUGGCCAUUUACUACCACCACCACCCUAGCCUUCCAAAAUAUAUUAUCAUCUUGAAGAAUCAACACAUGAAGACUUUGCUCUUAUUGUGCAAAGCUGACUUUGUGAUAAUAAUGCAAUUAUAAAGAAAGGUGUAGAAAAUGUUACUUUAGUAUGCAGCCCUGCUUCUUUUCCAUUCAUUUUGAUGAGAUCUUAAUGGAGGUUAUGCAGCAAUGGUGCUUAGUCAACUGAAUCCAACAGAACAACCUUUCCUAACCUAGCACCGUCCAAAUGUGUUAGGACCUCAACUCACAUAAUCCCACAACCAGCACAGGAAAAGGUUGCAGUAGAAUAAUAAUAAUAAUAAUAAACCCCUAAAACAUCCAAAAGGAUAACUCUUAAACCACUGUCAGGUUUCGAAAUUUAAGAAAAUUGUAUUUAAUGAAUUUUCAGCAAUUGUAUCACUACAUUGCAUCUUGGUGCUUUGAUUAGAAAUGCCUCAGAAGUAAAAUAAUACUCCAUAAGAUCUUUGUGUCUUUUAUUUCCUGGGGGGGAGCUUUAAUAUACAUAUUGAUAUAUAUUCUGCUUACUUGUUACAGGCACACCUCUGGAUUUUUCUUCAAAGUGCAUUUGCAAAAUAUUGUUUUGUAUUAGCAUUGUAAUUCUACAUUGAAAAGAAUGAUACCAUAAUUUGCCUUUUGGGGGGGGGGGACAAAAUAUGAAAUUAUUUCAAUAGUGUUGACUUGUUUUUGUCUUUCACAAUCUCUGAUAAUAUUGCAUACAUUGUGCAUUGGCAUAUAUUGUGAUCUUUUUUUUGGAAGCUGGCUUCUUGUAGCCAUGAGAAGGGUUAAAGAGACCUGCAGUUAAGAUUCCUGUUCACAGCUAAAAUGUUUAGUACCAUGGAUAUGAAACACUUUAAUUAAAUAUCACUUCUUUUCA